AUGGACACUGGAGCCCAAAUUAGCGUUGUUCCCCCAACUGCAGCUGAUUGUCGUUUCCCUAGCCCUGGUCUUCACCUUCAAGCUGCCAACUGUUCCCCCAUUCUCACUUUUGGCAGUCUGUCCCUCACUCUUAACAAUGGCCUUCGUUGUACAUUCACUUGGAUCUUUGUGAUUGCUGAUGUCCCUCAUGCAAUCCUCGGCUCGGACUUUCUUGCCGAGUUCGAUCUCCUCGUUGACUGCCGACGUGCCGGUCUCCUCGACCGCACAACCGGUCUAUUUGUUCGUGGACUAACUCCCUUUACUGCCCCCACCAACUUAUCUGUCUUGGAUACGGAUAUUACUAGCCCCUUUCGGCAACUGCUUCUUAGUCACCCCAACAUAAUUAACCCCCGGUUCCGCAGUGGUGAGUUUCAACAAGACGUUGUGCACCAUAUUCGCACCUCAGGUCCUCCCGUGUUUGCUCGAUCGAGACGACUAGCACAGGAACGAUUUCAGGCCGCGAAGGCGGGGUUUGAACACAUGCUGCAACUGGGAAUAAUUUGA